AUGAAAAAAAAAAGCCCCGUCUACGGCGUAAUCUUCCUCUUCAAAUAUCUCCGCGACCAAACCCCGACAACCCCCGAAGCCCCCAUAGACGGAACAUACGACAAAACCGCGCCGGAGAACCUCUUCUUCGCGGCGCAGACGAUCCAAAACGCAUGCGGCACGCAAGCCAUCCUCUCCGUGAUCCUCAACCAAGACAGCGCGUCAUCAACGCCCUACCCCAUCGACAUCGGAGACGAACUCCGCUCCUUCAAGGACUUCACAACGGGGUUCCCGGCUGACUUGCGUGGCGAGGCGCUCUCGAACUCCGAGACGGUGCGCACGGCGCAUAAUGCGUUUGCGCGGGCGAGUCCGUUUGUCGAUGAGACGGUGCGUACCGCGAGAGAUGAGGAGGGCGAUGUGUAUCAUUUUAUUGGGUAUACGGCGGUGAAUGGGACGUUGUAUGAGUUGGAUGGGUUGCAGCCGUAUCCGAUUAGUCAUGGGGAGUGUGAUGCAGAGGGGUUUCCUGAGAAGGUAAUUGGGGUUUUGCAGAGGAGGAUUGCGAGGUAUCCGGAGGGGGAGACGAGGUUUAAUCUCAUGGCUGUUGUGAGGGAUUUGAGGGCGAGGGCGAGGGAGAUUGGGGAUGUGGAGAUGCUGGAGAGGGAGCAGAGGAAGAGGCGGGCCUGGGAUUGGGAGAAUACCCUGCGGAGGUCGAAUUUCGUUGGGUUUAUUGGGGAGGUUAUGAAGGGGGUUGUUGGGAUGAAGGAGAAGGAGGGGAAGUUUGAUGAGUGGGUUCAGAAGGCGAAGGGGGAGACGGAGAGGAGGUUGAGACGGUGA